UAAUGGGGAGAAACCCCGGGAACAUUAUUACCCGAAGUCUGUCCAACACCGAAACGGGAGAUCUGUCACACCUUGCCAUCAGAGUGUGAUGAUGAUGGGCUGCAAGAAUGAUGAGGAAGAGGGUGGUAAUAAAGACAACAGAUUCUACAUCGAGGCCUCCAGCAGCUCAGAAGGUGAGCUGGGGUUUAGUCAAUAUAAACAGUCCAGCUCACAGAGAGCUCCCCAGGCCACUGGAGGAAACUCUCCCCUCGUUCUGGCCUUCCGUCUCUCGUCUGGCCGGGCUCUACGGGACGUGUCGUCACUGGACAGUAGCCCAAGCCCAACCUCCAGGCGAAGCCUCCACUCAGAGUGGGACCAGGACCUGGAGUAUGAUGACGAACCCCUAGAGGAGUGGAUGAUCCUGGGAGGAGAGGAGCAGGAGGGAGACGGGGACAUCCAGCUCAACCUGGGGUACUGGAGCAGCAGCUCGGAGUCGCAUUCUGGAACAGAGGAUGAAGAACUGAAUGCAAAAUAUGCUCUCAAACACAACUGGGCCAUAAUAGAGAAGGACAAGCCACGCCCAUACCGCUACUUCACCUCUGACCAGAGCCUCACCUGUCACAACUGCAACAAGACUGGACACCUGGCCAAGGGCUGUACCACCCCGAGGAGGCAACCCACCUGUGUGUUGUGUGGGCUCCAGGGCCAUGUCCAGAGGGGCUGUCCAGGCCGGCACUGCCACAGCUGUGGGCUCCCCUCACACGGGUACCAGCCCUGCCCUGAACCCCCUUUCUGGAACCAGCACUGCCACCGCUGUGGGAUGGCUGGCCACCUAUCAGACGCUUGUCCGGAUACAUGGAGGCAAUUCCACUUCACAACUCAGCAGGAGGUUCCCCUCAGGCCACACGUUGACCACACCCACAAACAACACAGACACACCGCUCACUGCUACAACUGCUCCAGGAGAGGACACCUCGGCCAUGAGUGUACUCAGAGGAGGAUGGUCAGUGGGACGUUUGCCUCGCUCCCCUACGUCUGUCACUACGACAACAAGCAGGACAUCAUCAAAUUGAACACCAGGAUACACAGAAAAGCCAGAGAGCUACAGGAGGAGGGUUUCAUGCCUCUGUUAGAGCGCCAGAGGACCUACGUGACACCAGUGGGCAGUAGUGAAGAGGAGCGGCCCUCCCCAGCUCCAGGGCGGAGGAGAAGCCUGGAAGGCAGGAGGAAGACGUGGCCGGAGAGACGCAAGGAGAGACGGGAGGUGAAGAAGCUGAGGAGAGAGGCCCAAGCCAGGAGAGCGGUUGGGACGACCAAAUGGGGCUCAGACGAGGUUGUUUACACCAGGGACCACUUUAAGAACCCCCACAGAGAACCCAUACCUCCCCCUCAGAAGAAGAGACGCCGUGAGGAAAGGAGGGAGAGCAGGAGUGAGGAGAGGAGUAUGAAGGGCCGAAGUAAAGAGAGGAGUAGGAAGAAUAGAGAAGCAGAGAGGUGGAAGAAGAGAGGAGGGCUGAAGCGUGGGUACCUGUACCCCCGUGAUGACUUGGGACCCAUGAAUGAUUACCUCCUCUCCCCCCAAAAUAGGGUGCGGAUUUCAUAAGAAUUAAGAGAUGUUGUGUUUGUAUUGUAUUCCAUUAUGUUUGAAUUGCUGAUGAGUGUCUUUUAGUCAAGUUUUAUGGACAAAUGUGGGUUUUAUUCUUUUGUGGUAGAAAUGGCUGGGUUGUGACAUUGCAGGACACUGUUGGAGUAUAGGAAAGGUUAAACAAAUAUAUUUUUAAACGUAUUCACCCUACUUGAAUGAUUGACAAAUAAAGCAUUAGGCUAGGG